CGACCACCUCAGACCCAACACCGAACGCCCUUGAGCCCCCGUAUCACCUCAAGUCGCCGCGCUUCUGCCCGCCCGCGUCCCUGCGACUGCCGCUCCCGCUCCCUCUUGCCUCUCCGCCGCGCAUCCUUCGUCGCCCUCGACUGACACGGCCCAGCACCCGCUCGCCGCCGCGCGACUCGCCUGCGCCUGCGCCGUCCCAGCCUCUUUUCAUGCCCGGCGUGGUGCACGCUCGUCGCUUGUGCUGGAGCGUGUUUGGUGUUGCCGGGGCCAACUAAAGUCGAAAGAAGCUGCAAGGUGACCUCGGCCUCCACCCACUCGGCCGCGCCCUGGCUUUUGAACAGAUGACGGCCGUUGCGCCUCCCUUGGACUUGCAGCCGACUGCCAGAACGGGAUGGAGCGCUCCUAAUGGUGCUCAGAACGGCCUGAAUCCCAUGAGCGCCGACGAGGUCACCAGAAUGUUCAUGCCUCGCAAGAGCGCCCAGCGAUCUAACUCUUCCUCAUCUAUCGCUUCCUCUGCAUCCUCUACCUCAACAAUUUCUUCCUCCACCGUGCAGGCCAACGGCGCAUCCACCGUUCCUCCGCCUGACGCAUCUGGCUGGGGAACAAGGAAGAAGCCGCCUCGCGGGAUAUGGCCGUCGUCCAAGGCGGAACCUACUGCAGGAAUUUCGACUGCUAGACCUCAGUCAAUUGCAUCUUCCUCUUCGGGCCCCUCAGCAGCUUCUGCCAUCUCUGCACUGCACACACCAUCAUCAAUGCUACCUUCGCAGCACGGUGCUCAGUCUCAGGCACAACAAAACGGGGCGCCUAGAGCCCAGUCAGAGGCUCAGGCAAUCCUUCAUUUGGUUCCUUUAAACGGCACUUUCGAGCGGAAAACUAUCACCGUCCCAUAUUUUCCAGACGUUUUACGCAUCGGUCGGCAAACAAAUAACAAAACGGUCCCCUCACCCUUAAACGGUUAUUUCGAUUCCAAAGUCCUUUCUAGACAGCAUGCCGAGAUAUGGGCAGACCGCGCCGGGAAAAUUUGGAUCCGAGAUGUCAAGUCCUCCAAUGGCACCUUCGUCAAUGGAACCCGUCUUUCGCCCGAGAACCGCGAUUCUGAGGCUCACGAACUCAGAGAGCAGGACAUGCUGGAACUGGGCAUUGACAUCGUCAGCGAAGACCAAAAAACUAUUGUUCAUCACAAAGUGGCCGCAAAGGUCGAGCACGCCGGAAUCUAUCCGAACGGCAACAAUGGAUUGGAUCUCAACUUUGGAGACCUCGACCCGUCAGUCAACGGCGGCCUGUUGACAUCACCUCUUGGGCAAGGAAUGGGGCAGAUGAGAGGCCGCAACGGCAGUCAAGGCUCUAUUGCGAGCAACGGUCGAAUUGGUUCAGCACCCCAAAGUGUAGCUGGAAGCAGUAUGAACGCCAUGGGGCAGCAAAGACACACUAACUUCUGGCUGCAACCUGUCACCAUGGAACAAAUUGUCAAAAAACUAAACUCUGAGAUGAAACAAGCCCGGCAACAAUCCCAGGAACUUCAACGGACAGGACAGUAUAUUGAGUCUUUGCUAGCAACCGACUCGAAGAAAGACACAAACAAACUGUCGUCUCCACUCGCGAAGCAUUCACCCCUGAAGGGAGACCUCAAAGCAAGAUUUUCGGAACCUCCUGCUCCGCCUCCUUCGCAACCUCUACCGGAGAAGCCUGAUGCCGCCCAACCAUCACUGCGCAGAAUGGAGACCGAAAAGCCAAAGCUUGUUAUGAAUAACAACGUGGCAGGCAAAUCUGACCCAUCUGGGCAAAUCGGCUCGUUAGUCGAAGCCUUGACUAACGCAAAGAAAGAGUUUGAUAUGCAGAGCGUAAGAUUGAAAGAAGUUGAGGAACUUCUUGCACAAGAACGUUUGGCGAGGGAAAGCGCUGAAGAACGUGCGCAGCGUCUUGAGAUGGAGAGAAAGGAUGAUACCGCAGAUCCUCAUUCCGCCGACGUUUGCACUAACGGCAUCGACGCCCACAUUGGAAACUCGGACGGAGUAGACGGUACCACCAAACAUGAAACGACCGUCAAUGAGCCUCCACGCACGGCAGAUAUUGAUGCUUCAACGGCGCAGCUGCAACAACGCAUUGAAUCCAUGGUUGCAGAAAUGGAUCAAAUGAGGCAACAAAUGGAGAGUUAUAGACAGCGUGCCGAAAAAGCGGAAGCGGAUAGUGCGCGGGACCGACAGACGCUCUCAGAAAUGGUUGAGCGUAUUCGUAAAGAGGAGGCCGAUCGUGUCGCGAAAGAUGCCAGGAUCCAGGCAGAGGAAAAUGCCCCGCCGACCAAGACUCUCGCAGAGCUUGAUGGUCCCACCAAUUUAACUCGUGCAAAGGACGUACCUGCAGCCGAGAAGGAACCGAAUGCAGGCACUGCCACACCGCAAGCUGAUGCACAAAACGGCUAUCCAAUUCAACCAGAGCAAGGCGCACAAUCCAAAGAGGCAAGGGCACAUGCACUGGCUACAAAGUCACAAGGAGGCGAUCAACUUGCGCAUGUCGGACCUUAUGCAUCUAUGGUGGGCGUGGUGGUUCUUGGUCUAAGCAUAAUGGCCUAUAUCAAUAGUUGGCAGAAACCCUUGGAGAGAUGAAGGGUGUUAGUCGCGCCCAGCGUCUAGCUGUCAACCCAUCCAACCUCCCGCACGCAAGCCUGCGUUCUGGAGGGGAGCAGCGGCCAGUUCUGGCGGCAGUGGAAACACUGUACCCUGUUGCCCACAACCUUAGUUCCUCCGUUGGAUAUUCCAAUUUCGAGGAACUGCUACCUGUACACACCUUGGACUCAUCUGUCCGCCCUCGCCGCUCCACUUGGGUCAGUCAGGGAACUUGGU